AAAAUGUCGGUACCUUCAAAAAAAAAGUCAAGAAAAAAGUCAUCAAAUAUCACCUUACGAAUUCCAACGAGUUUACAAGAUGUUCGCGAAAACUACUGUGUGCAAGCACUGGCCCAAACAACAAUGGACUUUUGCCGUGAUUCAACGUUGCAUGGCAUUAAACAUAUUGUAGUGGACAUUCAGGAGUUGGGAUCAAGCUAUAGCCGCCAAAAGAGAUUAAACAAAUUGCUCAGUUUAAUUAUUUGGUCAAGUGCUUGUGUAAUGGGCGCUGUUUUUGCUAUUGUUUUAAUGGGCUUGGUUUGGGAUCGUUUUCAAACCACUCCAACAAUUACAACCGUUGAAACGAACAACUAUCCCAUUUGGAAUGUUCCAUUUCCAGCAAUAACUAUUUGUAACAUCAAUAAAGUGUAUCAACCAGCAACAAAAAAUAUCACUGAAAAACUAAUUGAAAAAGGCUUGAAAAAGGAAUCGAUCAUUGAAUUCUUGGAGAAUUUGGCAAAACUCAUAACACCUGAAUAUAUUGAUGCGUUAUACUUGAAGACAUAUCAAAUUCUUGAAGAGAUGGACUAUACAACUGAUAGACUCAUGCUAGAAUUGAUGCAGCCAUGCAAUAAUAUGAUUAAAAAUUGUGCAUGGUUGGGAAAAAUAGUACCAUGUGAAACAUUAUUUCGAGUAGCACGCAGUUCUGAGGGAUUUUGUUGUUCAUUUAAUUAUAAAGCACUCAAAGGCGACUUGGAAGUCGAUUCGUCUAAAAACACGGUUGAGCAAUUGAACAACCCAACUUAUCGAGUGUCUGGAGCUGGCGAAAAUGUCGGCCUAAAUAUACGUAUCGAAAUUGAAAAAGAGUCAUAUGUUGCAUACAGUAAAUCAUUUUAUGGCGCGAAGAUCCUCAUUCAUGACGCUGAAAAUUUCCCUCAAACAUCUGUUACAACAACAACAAUUGGACAGCCGGGAUAUGAUUUGACGAUAGCUGUUCUUCCAUCGGUUAUCGUUGGUGAGCCUGGAAUUAGAUCAUUGUCACAAAAACAACGGAAUUGUUUAUUUGUCGAUGAAAAAAAACUACGAACAACCGAUAAAUACAGUUUCCAGUCAUGUAUGACAGAAUGCACAGUUGAUACAAUCUUAAAUAAAUGUGACUGUCUACCAUUCUACUACCCGGAAUCAAAAAUGACAGCCUUUUCAAAAAAGUAUCGUCAAUGUUCACUGCAUGACGUUAAAUGCUUACGAGAUAAUCGACAUGUGUUUUCAAGUUUGAAGCCACCAGACGAUAUAGCUGCACUCAACGAGAGUAGUAUAGGAAUGGAAUGUGUUUGCCCACCAACAUGCUCAGAAUUGCGCUAUGAGGUGCAGUCAAUUUUAUCUCGACGCUAUCCAGAUGAUAAAUUGAAUACAAAUACUUCGGGUGACACCAGUGACGAUCUGGAUGAUUCUACAACUCUCAAGGUUCACUUUAAGGAUCUCACUUGCAUCAAGUAUCGUCGUGAUAUGUAUAUGACAUGGGAUGGUCUAUUCGCUUCAUUUGGUGGAAUUUUUGGACUAUGCCUGGGAGGAUCAGUGAUUAGCUUGGUAGAAUUGCUAUAUUUUUUUACAUUGCGCUUGUAUAGCGUUAUCAUUAAUCGUGGAGCUACAAAACGUGUUAGCAUCAGCAAUAAUAUUAAGACAGUGGAAAUAAAUCCGAGAUCAUUUUUGCAAAACCUCAAAGCCUAUCAGCAAUUUGAACGACAUCCAAUUAGACCAAAAGUGGUUCGAAUGAGACCUUCAACCUUUGGUACGAAUUCAUCUGCGUCAAUUUUCAACAAGACCGCCAUCCCUGAAUUUAACAAACCUGUCGUCCAUGAAUUCCUAAAAUAA